CGGGAAAAUGACAAGUGCAGCUCGCAACCAGCCAACAUGAGCUCACACUGGUGGUACAUUUACCUUGUAGCGCUUAGUCUACUGGCGUGGUUGGUCGACAGUCGGCGGGAGGCCAAGUUUAACUGCACGCUCACGGCCAACUACUACGACUGCCUGUUCCGGGACGUGAUCAUACGCAGCGAGGCCGACGCGGACAGCAUCUUUUUCGGGGUGCAAAACUUUAACGACACCAGCAUCGCGUUCCGCGACUCGUCGAUGGUGGUGCUGCCGAAGAAAAUUUUCGAAACGUUCCCGGCGAUACAGUACCUGCUGAGUGAUGCCUGCCACAUACAGAAGCUGCUCGGGGGUACGUUCGCGAACGCCCAACGUCUGCAGGAGCUGCAUCUGUUCGAUAAUCGGCUAACCAGGCUGAACAACUUUGUGUUCAACGGUGCGUUGCAGUUGCAGAUACUGUCGCUGUACAACAACACGAUAAAGCAGCUCGAGGAGCACGCUUUCGAUGGGCUCGGCCAUCUGCGGAUGCUCUACAUGGACGAGAACCAGCUCGAGAAGCUGCCGGAAGGGAUCUUUUCGGGGUUGGAGGAGCUAGAGAUACUCGAGCUGCAGCACAAUCGCAUCAAGGAGAUCAACGACGAUCAGUUCCUGCUGUGCCCGAUGCUGCGCGAGCUAAACCUUAGCGCCAACAUGAUCAACACGUUCAAUAUGUCGCAGCUGCAAUCGCUCAACAAGCUCGAAACGCUCGACAUCGCCCGGAACUAUCUGGACGAGGUGUUCGUCACGAAGUAUCUGCGCACGCUGAACGCUCAGGAAAAUCAGAUCAGUCGCAUCCUGAUGGACCAGGGAGAUUUUUUCCAGCUGACACACCUGAACCUCUCCCGGAACAACAUCGCCAACAUCAACAACAUCUUCAAGUUUCGCAAUCUGAUCGAACUGGACGUAUCGUACAACGAGCUGGUAAUGCUCGAUUUCGUCAUCUUCGCGUUCAUGAAGAACCUGAAGGAUAUUAAGCUGAACAACAACAGACUGUGGAUACUGGAUAAUGGGAUUCCGUCUCCUGCCAAAUCACUCCGAAGCUUAAACCUAGCGCACAACAAAUUUCUCUAUCUCGAUCUUGCCGUGCUCGAUACGUUUCCCGCCCUGGAGUACAUCUACCUGCACGGCAACGAUCUGAUCGACAUGCAGAUCGGCGACAUUGAGCAAAACUUCCCAUACCUGACGCUCAUAUCUUGCGACAAUAACGAUUGGGACUGCAUCAAUCUGAUGCACAUCGUGACGCUGCUCGAGCGGGCGUACGUCAAGUGGUCGAACCGCAACCGAAACUGCACCCAACCGGAACAGCAUCGGCACAUUUGCUGCACCUCGGCCGAACAUCAUCUGCGCGAGAAGAUUGUACGGUUGACGCGCGAGAUUUACAGAUCGCGCAAGAUGAUCAAGCAGCUGAUCAUGGAGAAUGCGGAACUGCGCAGCGAGGUCGAAAUGCAGUAUCUGCCCAGUGACGGUACAUGA